GAGGAACAAGAUGUUGGUGCUGUCUAACAAUGUAACCAUGAAUUCACUCCUCUCCAAGGUGCUUCAAGACUAUCUGGUGCAGACAAAUACCUCUGCAUCUUCCCAGGUCAAAAGUGUAAGCACCAACCUGGAAAUCAUCUAUGUGCUGAUGAUGGUCGGCCUCUUUGGCUUCUUCACAGUAGCAGUCAUGCUGACCAACAUCCGUGCCAGGAGGCUGGAGGACUCCCACGACCCCUACAACACCUACAUUGCCACAGACAUUUGGCACAAGAAGGACAAGCAAUAUUUUCAAGCCAAGCUCAUAGAAAAUUACAAGCUGUGCUGUGUCUUUGAAAACCAGCUGGCUGUGGAGCAGCCAGGCAUGCAGAUUCCCGAGGCAAAGUCUUCCUAGCAAAAAGGGAGAAAGGAUUGUAUUUUGCACAGGGACAAGCUGACCGGCGCCUGAUUUGAACCAGGCUGCCCAUCUGCAGAGCUGCAGGCACUCAUCUCAAUCAGGCCGAAUAA